GGGGCGCUGGCGGGAGCGGCGCCUCCCGCCCGGGGUGAGCGGCGCGCGCGGCAGCCCCGCGGCACAGAGAGCCGAGCGGGGAACGCGGGCGGGUGGCGGCGAGGAAAGGCUCGAGCGCGGACGGCCGACGGCGCGGCGCGGCUGCCAUGGACGCGCAGUGACCCUCUGUUUAGCGCGAACUUUCUCCGCUGCGCUGAGCUCCCUGGCUGGCAGUGCGUCUCCUCGGUCACCAUGAAAGACGACUUUGCAGAGGAGGAGGAGGUGCAGUCCUUCGGUUAUAAGCGGUUUGGUAUCCAGGAAGGAACGCAGUGUACCAAAUGUAAAAAUAACUGGGCACUGAAGUUUUCUAUUAUAUUAUUAUACAUUUUGUGUGCCUUGCUAACAAUCACAGUAGCCAUUUUGGGAUACAAAGUUGUAGAAAAAAUGGACAAUGUUACAGGUGGCAUGGAGACAUCUCGCCAAACCUAUGAUGACAAGCUCACAGCAGUGGAAAGCGACCUGAAAAAAUUAGGGGACCAAACUGGGAAGAAAGCUAUAAGCACCAACUCAGAACUCUCUACCUUCAGAUCAGACAUACUAGAUCUUCGCCAGCAGCUUCGUGAGAUUACAGAGAAAACCAGCAAGAACAUAGAUACGCUGGAGAAGUUACAGGCAAGUGGGGAUGCGCUGGUAGACAGGCAAAGUCAACUGAAAGAAACUUUGGAGAAUAACUCUUUCCUCAUCACCACUGUAAACAAAACCCUCCAAGCAUAUAAUGGCUAUGUCACCAACCUACAGCAAGACACCAGCGUGCUGCAGGGCAAUCUGCAGAGCCAGAUGUACUCUCAUAACGUGGUCAUUAUGAACCUCAACAACCUGAACCUCACCCAGCUGCAGCAGAGGAACCUCAUCACUAAUCUGCAGCGAUCUGUGGAUGACACAAGCCAGGCCAUCCAGCGAAUCAAGAACGACUUCCAAAAUCUGCAGCAGGUUUUCCUUCAAGCCAAGAAGGAUACUGAUUGGCUGAAGGAGAAAGUGCAGAGCUUACAGACGCUGGCUGCCAAUAACUCCGCCUUGGCCAAAGCUAACAAUGACACCCUGGAGGAUAUGAACAGCCAGCUCAGUUCAUUCACAGGUCAGAUGGACAAUAUCACCACAGCCUCACAAGCCAAUGAGCAGAACCUAAAAGACCUGCAGGAUGUACACAAGGAUGCAGAGAACAGAACAGCCAUCAAGUUCAGCCAGUUGGAGGAACGCUUCCAGCUCUUUGAGACAGAUAUUGUGAACAUCAUUAGCAACAUCAGUUAUACUGCCCACUACCUGCGGACGCUGACCAGCAAUCUGAAUGAAGUCAGGACCACUUGCACAGAUACGCUGACCAAACACACAGAUGAUCUGACCUCCUUGAAUAACACACUAGCCAACAUCCGUUUGGAUUCUGUUUCUCUCAGGAUGCAACAAGACAUGAUGAGGUCAAGGUUAGAUACUGAAGUAGCCAACUUAUCAGUAAUUAUGGAAGAAAUGAAGCUGGUAGACUCCAAGCAUGGUCAGCUCAUCAAGAAUUUCACAAUACUACAAGGUCCUCCUGGCCCCAGGGGUCCGAAAGGUGACAGAGGACAGCAGGGACCCCCUGGUCCCACUGGCAACAAAGGACAGAAAGGAGAGAAGGGGGAGCCUGGUCCCCCUGGCCCUGCCGGUGAGAGGGGACCAGUAGGGCCAGCUGGCCCCCCUGGAGAGCGUGGCGGCAAAGGCUCCAAAGGCUUGCAGGGCCCCAAAGGCUCCCGUGGAUCCCCCGGGAAGCCCGGCCCCCAAGGCCCCAGUGGAGACCCGGGCCCCCCAGGUCCUCCAGGCAAGGAUGGACUCCCUGGCCCUCAGGGCCCUCCGGGCUUCCAGGGAUUGCAGGGCACCGUGGGAGAGCCAGGGGUGCCUGGACCACGGGGGCUGCCAGGCUUGCCUGGGGUGCCAGGCAUGCCAGGCCCAAAGGGUCCCCCUGGCCCCCCAGGCCCAUCAGGGGCAGCAAUGCCUCUGGCCCUACAGAAUGAGCCAACCUCCGCACCUGAGGCCAAUGGCUGCCCACCUCACUGGAAGAACUUCACAGACAAAUGCUACUAUUUUUCGGUUGAGAAAGAAAUUUUCGAGGACGCAAAACUUUUCUGUGAAGACAAGUCUUCACAUCUCGUUUUCAUAAACACGAGAGACGAACAGCAAUGGAUAAAAAAGCAGAUGGUCGGAAGAGACAGCCACUGGAUUGGCCUCACAGACUUGGAGCACGAAAAUGAAUGGAAGUGGCUCGAUGGGACAUCUCCAGAGUACAAAAAUUGGAAAGCUGGACAGCCAGAUAACUGGGGUCAUGGCCAUGGGCCAGGAGAAGACUGUGCUGGGCUGAUUUAUGCUGGGCAGUGGAAUGACUUCCAUUGUGAAGAUAUCAAUAACUUCAUUUGCGAAAAAGACAGAGAGACAGUACCAUCAUCUGCGUUAUAAUGGACUGUGAUAUAAAAACAAGAACAAAUUUUCAGAUGGUUCUCAAAGGCAAAGGAUACUUCUUUCAUUGCAUCAUCUUUUCACCAGAUUGAAAAAAAGCACUGAAACAAAUUAGUGAAAGAAUUGAUAGCUAGUUAUCUUUACCAUCCUUCUUUACUCAAGGAUUUCAGAACUAAAAUGUUCCCACAAUAUGAUGUGUUGAUUUUCGGUAUGCAAAUUGACUGAAUCACAUAGAUUUUUCUCAGCCAGUAACUGCACAAUUAAGCAAAUCACAUCUUCCAAAGUAUGGAUUGCUCCAAUCAGAAAAAAAGACUAUCAUUGGUUGUUGAGCUUUAGAGAGAACUUAAACUAUACUGUGUAAACAGUACCUUACAUUUCUAAAAUCCCAAAUGUAAGAAAAAUAUGCAGACAUACAGAUAUAUAGGCCAACUCUUAGUAAUGAUAUGAAAUAUACUUAAAGAGCUUUUAAAACUUUGUAUUUUUGUAUAAAAUAUUUGCCUUUUUACAAUUUUUUCCUUUUCUUCCUUUUUUUUUUUUUGUCAUCUUACCAAUAUAAUACAUGGAGCCAAAGAAAACAAUAAUGGUACUAAUAAAAAAAAACUCCUAGGGUUUCUUGUCAGACUUAAUUCUACCCAUUGGCAAAGAAUUUUUUUUCAGUUGUGGUUUUAAAAAAAUAAUAUGUGUGUGUGUGUAUAUAUAUAUAUAUAUAUAUUUUUUUUUUUUUUUUUAAUGUAUCAUUUCCUCAGAGGAGUCAAUCACUUGAAAUGUCUACAGAUAUCCUUGCAGGUUUUGCCAGGGUAGGUCAAGCCUGAGCAUAUACAUGGCUCAGUCAAGUGGGCUGUGUUUUGAGCCCAUCACCAGCCAACAUUCUUACUGUGUGCCUGGCCAGGCCCAGAGAAAGUGGUCAACUCAGGAUGUACUUCUACUUCAUUUUGGUGGAGUUAGGGGUGGUGGAGAGGUAUCUGUUGGGAAAGAAUCUGGCUACCUAAAAAGUCCUGUUUUAUGGCUGAGGUAUGAAUGUGCUUUGUAUCAGACCCAUAGCAGAGCUGCUAGUGACAGUCAGGAAAGUAUGGCCUCACAUCAACCAAGGCAGAGAUGCAAGAACAAUGGGGACAGGUAUAUGCUACCUGGAGAGUUUGUGUUUUCUUAAGUCAGGUUCCAAAAAACAUAACUCCAAGGUACAUGCAUGAUGAAAUGCAAGAAUCAACUUUUGGCCACUACAUUGAACCGUUGCAAAGAACGUUUCCUCUGAGCCCGUCCACCUUCUACUCCUUGACUUGCCAUCAAAAAGUCUAACAUGAAAUGUGCUAAAACUAGGCUUUAGAUUAAAUUAAUGCUCAAAGGUAAGAUUUCAAUAGAUUCCUUCUCCUCCCCUUUCAAGGAGCUCCCCAAGCAGUGCUGCUACCUAUCCCAAAUAAAAGGGUAAAAGAAUAAAGACAGAGUUGACUUUCA